ACCCGCCAUCCUUCACCACGCCGCUUCAGUGAUAGGAGACAUCCCUGUUGGGGCUUUGAAAAGGGAGACAACCCUCUUCUCUUCUACCAUGCCUGCCAGCCUAAGCGGUUGCUGUGCUGUUACCUGUGCGUUUUCCAGCAAGAACAUGAGGCUUCUGAUUCUUGCUGUGUUUGCCCUGUUCUACAUGGCCCACUGUGAGGAAGGGGCCAGGCUCCUGGCCUCCAAAUCGCUGCUAUUAAACAGAUAUGCAGAGGACUGGACUCUGCAGUGCCUCGUCUGCACCGCUGGCUCCAGUGCUGCCUUAAAUACAGAGGUUUCAGAUGAUUCUUUUCCCCCUGAGGAUUUUGGCAUUGUCUCUGGGAUGUUCAAUGUCAAGUGGCUCCAGAUCACUCGAGUGGGUGAUAUGUCCCACGCUGCGGUUCUGCAGCCUCUCGAAGCUGCUCACUUCAACUUCACCUCUGCUACCAUCGCAUACCUGGCACAGGAGGGUGGGCAGGUUGUGGUUGGUUUCACGAGUGCUGCUGGGCAGAGAGGAAUCCUGGCUCAGCGUGAGUUUGACAGGAGGUUCUCGCCUCGCUUUCUGGACUGGGCAGCUUUUGGCGUGAUGACCCUGCCCUCCAUCGGGAUGCUGCUGCUGUGGGACUUGAGCAGGACGAAAUAUGACAGCCCCAAGACCAAAAAGAAGUGAGCAAAGCCAAACGCCACCAGCGCCCCAGAGCUCAGGAGAGAGCAGACAUUAACCCGCCUAGAACUGUAGAUGUGUUUGCAUCAGCGACAGUCUGCAAAAGCACUGCCUGGGCUACGCUCCAGCCCUGUCACUUCCGUGGCAGUGGUGUGGUGCCUUCUCCCUUAAAAAAAAGAAGAAAAAAACCCGAAAAGCCCACAACCGACCCCCUUUCUCUGCAUAUUCAGAGCACAGUCCCCUUGCUCUGUUGCAGAUAAGCGCCGGCGAAGCUGUGACACGAACGUGUUAACACCCCGCGGAGCUUAUUUGUGGGGGUGCAGCUCUGCAGCAUUUCUGGCAUCCGUGCUGCCUCCCAGACUCCGUUCAGCCAAGUGGAUCUCUGCCUGCCGCCCUCUUCUCAAACCCUGUAAAUCUGGGGGGGCUCCCUCCUCCAGGUGUUGCCCACCUCCCCGAAACACCUGUGGGAAGGAGCUCUACCUGGUGCUGAUAAACCUUUAGACAGAGGCUUCUUGGAGCUCCUUCUUUGCUGGGAGGGGCAUGGGAAGCCCCGUUGUAUUUCAGGGAGCAGUUAAUUGCUGUGCGUCUGGUUGUUUGGGGUGGGAUAUUUUUUUUCCUGGUUGCUCUGUUGAGGUGUGUUGAGGAACUGAA